AUGGCGGAUCAUCCUCGCUCAAUGGAGUCCCGUGUGGGACGCAAAAACCAACGGUACGGACCGAAAGGUGAACGACUCGUGGCCGGUGUGGUUCCAUUGUCCGCGGACAAGACGAAGGUGCUCAUGAUUCAGUCCGCGGGGCGAGGCGGUUGGGUGCUUCCUAAAGGCGGUUGGGAGACCGAUGAAGUAAGCGCCCAACAAGCUGCCUGUAGAGAAGCCUGGGAAGAGGGUGGAAUAAUAUGUACGGUGCACAAAGACCUGGGAUUGAUCCCGGACAUGCGCCCGUCGACGUUAUUAACGUCCUCGGCACCGAAAGCAUCAUACCAGUUCUUCGAGGUCACAGUGGACCGGGAAGAGGACCAGUGGCCCGAGAUGCACAAGCGGAAGCGUCAAUGGGUCACCUAUGCGCAAGCGGCCGAAUCGCUUGCCAGUCGUCCCGAGCUUCUGGAAGCGCUAAAUCGCAGCUCCCUGCGGAGGUAG